AUGAGUUCACAACCGAUCGUGGUGCCCGGUGGAGAUAAUCACCGUCCCCAGGUGGAAACUCAUUCUGUAUCCGUUGGCGGCUCAGUGGAAACUUUUAAGACCAUGACACCGCCAAACGUCAGCCGAUCUCUCAGCCAACCAGCGGAUCGACAACAUCGACGAAGCAGCAUCCAAGCACAGUCUACACCAUUACCUAAACUUCCAUCAACUGAGUCCCUUUCAACAAGCAUAAAUAUUACAGCCGGUGCACCUCCAGCUUCUCCAGGACUCUCCGCUACGGGUGAAGGUAGUCAGAAGGUUGAUAAUUCAUCAGAUAAGUCAUUGGACUCCUGCAAAUUAACACGAAAGGAAUCAUACAAAGCUCAGAGAAAGAAUUAUCGAAUGGAGAAGAAAAGAGUAGCUAAUGAACUUUUAAGUUCGUUUAAAGAUCCAACCGUUAUCGUUAUGAGUGAUUGGUUAAAAGUUCGCGGUACUUUGAAAAGUUGGACCAAAUUGUGGUGUAUCCUAAAACCUGGAUUGUUGUUACUGUACAAAAGUCCUAAAACAAAAAGUAAUCAUUGGGUAGGAACAGUACUACUUAAUACGUGUCAAGUUAUAGAACGUCCGAGUAAAAAGGAUGGAUUUUGCUUUAAAUUAUUUCAUCCUUUGGAACAAUCGAUAUGGGCUCCUCGAGGACCAGAAAAAGAAGCUAUUGGUGCCGUUGUACAACCUUUGCCAACAUCUUACUUAAUUUUUCGAGCACCAUCCCAAGCGGCAGGCAAAUGUUGGUUAGACGCACUUGAAUUAUCGUUACGUUGUUCCUCGCUAAUAGUGCGCUCGACAAGCGCAUUACCGCGUCCUUUGCCACACGAUACAACCACCACUCAUGAAACUCAGUGGAGCGAAGCUGAUUAUGAAAAGCACUUUGAUGAUCACGAGUACGAUACCCAUCAAGUAGUAACGCUAGAUCCUGUGUACACCUCGCAUACAGACCUGGACGAUAUUAGUCAACCAGAGAAUGGAGUAGCAGCUGAUGCCGAAAUUAGUGCCUCCGACAGUGAAUCCGAGGCAUCGGCUAAGGAAGAUCAAUCGUCAGAACCAAUCACCGAGACACCAUACGUAGCUAAUGAAAAUGAAUUUUUAGGAACGGCCGGCGAAGUCGUAACGGAACUGCAAGAAGAACAAAAGUCCUUAAUAUGGUUUUUAAUGAAACAAGUUCGACCUGGUAUGGAUCUGUCCAAAGUUGUAUUGCCAACUUUUAUUCUGGAACCACGUUCAUUUCUGGAGAAACUGGCUGAUUCGUAUUACCAUGCCGAUUUAUUAUCUCAAGCAGUACUGGAAGAUGAUGCGUUUACACGUAUGAAAGCUGUGGUAAAAUGGUACUUAUCAGGAUUUUAUAAGAAACCACAAGGCUUAAAGAAGCCAUACAACCCACUUUUGGGCGAAACAUUCCGCUGCUAUUGGCAACAUAGUAAUGGUUCAAGAACAUUUUACUUAGCCGAACAAUUAUCGCACCAUCCACCUAUCUCAGGAUUUUAUGUGACAAACCGCCAAGAUGGAUUUACCAUCAGCGCUACAAUUAUUGCAAAGUCUAAAUUUUAUGGCAAUUCAACCUCCGCAGUUUUGGAUGGUGUUGCUGUAUUAACAAUGUUACCGAGAGGUGAAGAUUAUACAAUGACAAUUCCUUAUGCGCACUGUAAAGGUAUUCUUAUGGGAACAUUGACAAUGGAACUCGGUGGAAAAGUGACCAUAAUAUGCGAGAAGACCGGGUAUCAUACCGACUUGGAAUUUAAACUCAAGCCGUUUCUUGGUGGGGCAGAACUAAUGAAUCAAGUUGUAGGACGGAUACGUCUGGGAAAGGAGACUUUGGCUACUAUAUCGGGAUAUUGGGACGGUCAAAUUUUAAUAACGGACAAGCGAACAGGACAAGAAAGUGUAUUUUUUAAUCCGACACCAGAAGUACGCAAGAAACGAUUAAAAAAGUUCACCGUUCCUAUGGAAUGUCAAGGUCCGUGGGAAAGCGAAAAAUUAUGGCACACCGUUACGCUAGCCAUCAACAGGGAUGAUCAAGUUGCCGCUACUGAAGCUAAAACUGGACUUGAGGAAGCACAAAGGGAACGCGCUAAAGAGCGGAAAAGAAUGGGACAAGAAUGGGUACCAAAAUACUUCGUUCAAGACAUUAUAACGGGAAAUUGGGUUUAUCGGCAUGCUGAUGUAAGACCAUGGGAUCCAAGAAACGACGUAGUACAAUACGAAGAAAAUUACGUAGUGCGCACAAAAACUAGACAUAAAACACCUAUUAUGCGUACUGGUAGUAUUGUUUCUUCUGAACCACAAUCACAGAUUCCAUUAUUACAAGCUGAAUCACGUUCCUCCUUAUCAGUGCUCAAAUCUUCAAAGAGACAGCUGUCUACUAACAUGCCUCUGACAGAGGGUCAUGACUCUGGAAGCUCGUCCGCAGAGGCGCAUACCGAUUCUAGUCAAUCGUUAGGCAAGAGAAGACGUUCAACCGCUAGAAUAAUAGAUGUAAUAAAAGAAAUGGAAAGUCAAAUGUUGGAGCACAAUGAAAAGCUGAUUCGUAUACAACAGAUUGUGGAACAAGUUGCCAGGAAACAAAGAGAGUCCAGUGAUCACUAUCACAGCAUAAACAUAUUUAAGAGCUUUCUCGAUACCAUGCUUAUUAUAAUCAUUGUUUUUUCGGUACAAUAUUUUGUAAGCAUUUGGAACAAUGAUCUUACUAAAGGUUGAGGAACAUAGUAAGAUUUCUUUCAUACUUUUUGUGUUGCUCGUUGUCCGAAUUAUAUAUAUAUAUAUAAAUUGUUCGUCCUGAAACUUUUGCAACGUGGUGUCGGUACUGCUUUAUGAUUGUUCUGAAAGAAAUAUAUGUAUGUAUACGAUAUAUAUACAUAUAUAUCGUAUACAACUAUAUACAUAUGUAUAUAUAAUUUUCCCGGAACAAUAUAUGAAACAUUUAUCGAUGUAGAAAUAGAAUAUUAAUGGCAAAUCUUAGGAAUACCCAUAGAUACAGUGCAAUGGUAUUUUGUUAUAGUUGCAGAAAUAUUCUAGUACAGAAACUAAGCUAAUCUAUAUGAGCUUAUAUUGUAUAUAGAGCGUAAAUAAUGGUGGAAGAUAUACUUCUUCAAUUACUGAUGUAAUUUUUAUUGUGCCCAGCCAGUACCAAAUUGUAAUAUAAUCAUAUAAUUAUUGUAAAAACGCUUAGGCAUCAUUUUCUCGCUAUUAAUUUAUUGUAAAUUUUAUUAUAUUUAGUUUCUGUAUUAUAUAUAUAUACAAUCGAGUAUAUUGUAAUUUGAUUCGAAUGUAUCAUUCACGUAACAUUCGAUUUGCUAUAAAACCUUGAGUCGUAUACGUUUUAUAUAAAUUGGUUAACUCUGUUAUCGCGUAUCCGAUAAAGCACGUUAAAUGUUCUAUAUUCACACGUAAUAUUAAUAAAAAUUUUCUCAACUCCGGUAGAAAAGCUUGUUACGUCCAAUAUUUUAUUUACUGUUAAGCGGCGCUCUUGUGAUAUCUCGAUAGUAGUAAAUAUCAGGCUUGUUUAUAUAUAUAGAAAGUAAUGCAAUCCGUUUAAAAUUGCACGUUUAUUGACAAUUUUUUUUUAUUCCUAAGUAUAUUUAUGUAAUUUUUGAAAACUAUGAAUUCAAUAAAAUAGAAUAUAGAACUUUAUCAUUUUACCAUGUAUAUAUAGUUCAUUUAUAUGUAUCAAAAACUGAUAAGGGGCAAAAGGCAAUUGACAAAUAAAUUAGAAAAAUUUCAUGUC